AAAGGAGUCGAUUACCGAGCCAGGCUCCUUCUCGAUGGAGGGCUUGCUCAGCAUCCUGUACGGAAGCAGCAGAUGCAGUCCACCUUAAACAGUAUUUACAAACAAAAUGGCUGCAGAAACUCAAGCAAUUAAAAAUAAAAGGCCCUUUGAGGAGAAUGAAAACGUCGAGGCGCCUCAGAGGAUUAAAAAGAAAAGGAAAGUUGCUGAGAAUAAUGUUUGCCAACGCUUGCCAAAAGCAAAAUUAUUGAGUGAAGAGAAGAAACCCCACUUGUCCGCUGAAGUCUUUGGAGAAGAUUGUGAAAUCAGCUACAGCCAACUCUAUCAAUUCCUCAAAUAUUCUGCUUUAGGAAAACACGACAAUGUCUCUCAGCCCAGCUGGUGCCGCAUUCAUCACCGAAGGCGUCUCGCCGGUGUGGCGGUGGUGGUUCUGCGUGAUGUGGGGCAGCUGCAUUUCUACCGGUUCUACAUGCAGUUCAAGCAUCUCCGAAAGACGUACAGACAUCGCUUCUCCCUACCGCCCAUCUCAGAUGAUUUUAUGGAAAAACUUUGUGGAGCAGGAAUAAAUGACGCUCAGCAGAUUGGCCGGCAAGCAAUGAAGAAUGAUCCCAUCAUUCGGAAAUAUGGGGAUGAGCGUCGUGGGCUUUGCAGUUACCUCCUAACCCCGGAGGAGAUGUGUCGCUAUGAUUAUCCUCUAGAAGAUGAUGGCAACUGCAGCCAUUUUGUCCGCGCCUGUUGUAGCAACCCUGUAACGGACAACAGCCCCCUCUUUGGGCUGGACUGUGAAAUGUGUCUCACCGACAAGGGAUCUGAACUCACGCAAAUUUCAGUGGUGGAUGCCGGUGGUCAGUGCAUUAUGAAUGAAUUGGUCAAGCCCAAAUUACCAAUAAGGAAUUACCUCACCAGUUACUCCGGCGUCACAGAAGAGCUGCUCCUUCCAGUCACGACGACCCUCGCUGACAUCCAAGGCCGCCUGAAGAAACUGCUCCCGGCCGACGCGGUUUUAGUGGGUCACUCCUUAAACUUUGACCUCCGAGCUCUGGAAAUGGUUCAUCCGAGAGUUAUAGACACUUCGCUUCUAUUUGCCAGGAAAGGCGGGAGACGGUUCAAGCUCAAGUUCUUAGCCGAAGCUGUUUUAGGGAAAGAAAUCCAGCGAGAAGACAAAAAGGGGCAUGAUCCAACAGAAGAUGCUAGGUGUACCCUUGAAUUGGCCCAGUAUUUCAUUAACCAGGGACCCAGGAAGGUAGCAGAGCUAAACCUGGAAGCUAGAUGGCUACAGCAAAGGAACGCGGGAGAGGAGCAGAGCUGUGGUCUGCCGAAGCAAAAGAACGGGCCCCAGAAAGGGGUGCAAAAACCCACCCAGUGCCUUCUCAACCUCCUGCACUCAAUGGGUCGAAAAACGUUGCUUCUCGGAGGACAGAAUGAAGCUCCUUCCUCCAACCGUUUGAACCCUACAGACCCUCUAAAUAAGCAAGUUUUCCAGAGCACCCUGGGAGAGAUUCCGGGCUCCUCCUUCAGCGUAAUUCAAUUUGCUUUGGAUUCAAAGCACGUUACCCCUGACCUCAUUGCAGAAAUGGGUUCCAAGAUGAGGGCCAAGCUGGCCAACAUGCUUACGGUCUAUGCAGGCCCAUUUGGCAAAGACGUUUGCCUGAAGUCUAUGAAGAGAACCUUCAAGAAGUACGGCCAUAUUCAGUCGAUGAAGAUCCUUACAGAAACCUUCAAGCCCCACGUCUGUAUCCAGUAUGAAGUUCUAGAGGCUGCUCAGCUUGCGGUGGAGAGUCUGAAUGGAGCGGAAGUUGGGGGAUCUUUCAUCAAGGUUCAGAGACCCGUCACCGAAAUGACACUAGAUUGUGAGAUUCUGGUGAAAGAGCUGGAAAGGGACGCAGACAACGAAGGUGUCCUUUACCUGGCAGGCUUGGGGAAGACGCCGACAGAGACAGAGCUGCAAGAGAAAUUGGGUCGUUUGAAAGAUUUAAGUUCUGUUUUUCGGCCAAGGGAUCCCAGAACUGGAAGAGAGAGGAAUUACUGUUUUCUGAAAUUCCAGACGACAGAAAGUGCCUCCAGCGCCCUCAAAACCAUAGAGGAGCAGACGGCCAGAGGCAGCAAGCUGCAGAGCAGGAGGGCCCUGACGCCAACUCGUCUCCACCAGUGGGUGUCUUGUGUAAACCAAAAUGGCGGAAAGCUUGCAGCGCCCCGCCCAUGCCACGGGACCCGCCUCCAGGAAGAACAGCAGUCCUUUGCUGUGGAGCAGGAUUUUAAAAAAGCCAUGAAGGCGUUCGACCGCCGAGUCAAAAAGCUCUACAGAUCCCUGCCAGAUCACACGCUCUGUGUCAUUCUCUUACCAGGCACAAACAGGCUUUCUGAAUCGCUCCAAGGCUUCGGCCUGCUGGGAAUAAAAGGCGAAAACGCACCUCACAGCUCCUGCUAACGUGCAGCGGCCUUGACGCACCGUUUUAUGAGAAACGUCAACUAUUUUCAUUUAGGUCUGAACGGCAGCAGGGUUCCCUCCUGUUAUGUUUUCAACAUCAAAUAUUAAAUCAUG